AUACUCCGAAUAUAUGUAUAGGUUAAAUCAAGUUGAACGCCCAUGGAAGAUGCCAAUUUGAUUAGUCGAUACCCAGAAGAACAUCGUCCCAUGAUCAACAAUGUCUCAUCUUUUCACGGACAGUAUCAGACUCAUCACCGCCAGCAUUUCCGAUGCGGUGGGUCUAAUCUAUUCCGGGAUUAUCAAGAUCCUCGCAGGAGAUGUCCUCAGCCCACGGCGACUGGCACGAAUGCUCUUCGAGCUUGUGCUUGGGGGAUUGUUACUUAUAGCCCCAGCAAUAACUGACGUGCAGUUUCUGUUAAGCAGCAAUCGUACUCGCAGUUACUGGGUACAUGCCCCCGAUAACUUUCAAAGUGGGCAAACUUAUCCCGCCGUGAUCUUGUUUCACGGCUCAGGUCGACUGGGUUCUGAUGCCGAUGGAUUGGCCAUGGAGCUAGAUCUUAGGUUGUCAUUGCCUCUAGUCCAAACAGCCUACUCUGCAGACAAAUAUUUUAUCUAUCCCAAUGGUGUGGGCGGAGCUUGGGCAGGACCGAGUUAUGCAGAAGUUUCCGUGCCGGAAGACCUACAGUUUGUCAGUGACAUGAUUAAUGAUCUGAAGUCAAAAUAUAGCAUUGACAGUAACCGUAUCUAUGCUGCGGGAAUGUCCAAUGGCGGUGGUUUUGUUGGCACCCUGGCAUGCAGCGAACUCGGUUCCCGGUUUGCAGCAUUUGCGUCUGUUGCUGGGUCCUUUUAUACAGAUGUCGAUGGUAAUGGCUGUUUGACAUCACGAUCACCUCUUCCUUUUUUGGAGAUACAUGGGGGAAGUGACAGGGGGGUCCACUACUCUGGUGGUAUAGGAUAUGGCGGGCCAUUGCCCUCAAUCCCAGUAUGGUAUGCAGACACCCUUCCAAGUUACGGAAGUAACCGCUUUUAUAUUCUUCGACUAAUCUGGGCCUAUCUAAAGGUUGAACUAUUGGGCAGAGAGAAACAAAUGUACAUCCAACUCAACGACCCAUAG